UGCGAGCACCGAGCGAGAGGCGCACGACGAGCAUUUUUCUUUCUCGAUUCCCGGCUCGUUUUUUCCGUCAAUUCUUUUUCUUCGUUCCUUCCCUGUUCUCUCGCUCGCUUCUCUUCGCUGCUUCGUUCCCCCCUUUAUUCCUCCCCCGCUCCGCUCGCGCCAAUCGAUCUCCUUCCCCAUCUCGUCUCGAAGCUGCUAGACGCUUCGGGGGGGCGGAAAUCGGCGCCCGGCCGCCCGACCAUGGUCUCCUGGCGGCGCAGCGCGUCCUGGCUGUCGUCCGCCUCCCGCUCCUCGCUCGGCGGCGCCGUCGGCGGGGAGGCGAAGGUCACGCCGGAGGUGGGUCCGGCGGCCCAGGAGGAGGAGGAGGUCGACGAGGAGCGGUGGUCGCGCCUCCUGCCGGAGCUGCUCACGGAGAUCGUGCGGCGCGUCGACGCCGGUGCCGAGCGGUGGCCGCUGCGGCGGGACGUCGUGGUCUGCGCCUGCGUGUGCCGGCGGUGGAGGGACGCCGCGUUCUCGGUCGUGCGGCCGCCGCUCGAGGGCGGGAGGAUCACCUUCCCGUCGUCGCUCAAGCAGCCUGGACCAAGGGAUGCACCAAUGCACUGCUUUAUCAGGAGGGACAAAAAGAACUCAACCUUUUCCCUUUACCUCAGCUUAACACAGGCCCUAACGGAUAAAGGGAAGUUUCUUUUGGCCGCUCGAAGGUUCAGACAAGGAGCACAUACAGAAUAUAUCAUCUCUUAUGACUAUGAUGAUCUGCACCCAGGAAGCACUUCAUAUGUUGGAAAGUUAAGAUCUGAUUUCCUGGGGACAAAAUUCAUCAUCUAUGAUAGCCAGGCACCAUAUAAUGGUGCUAAACCCUCGAGGAGCCGAUCUAGUCGCCGCUUUACAAGCAAGCAAAUAAGCCCACAGGUUUCAGGAGGCAAUUACGAAGUAGGACAGGUGACAUAUAAGUUUAACUUCCUGAAAUCAAGAGGACCAAGACGAAUGCAGUGCAGUAUCCAGUGCCCUGUAGGUCAGGACACGGCAUCAGAUCCUUCCAAGGAGAAAACACCCGCUCCGUGUUCCUUAGAUCUAAAGAACAAAGCUCCACGAUGGCACGAGCAUCUGCAAUGCUGGUGCUUAAAUUUCCAUGGCCGGGUGACCGUCGCCUCUGUGAAGAACUUCCAGCUCGUCGCCACAGCUGGCUCCGGUGGCCCAUGGGGCGUUGGAGAUGAGGAGACGGUGAUCCUGCAGUUUGGCAAGAUAGAGGAUGAUGCGUUCACGAUGGACUACCGGCAGCCUCUGUCAGCCUUCCAGGCGUUUGCCAUCUGCCUCACCAGCUUUGGCACGAAGCUGGCUUGUGAAUAAGUGACUCUCGGUUUGUUUACCAAUUAUGUGGGGGACCAAAUUGUAGCAGAUAGUCUGAACUAGUUGCCCAGAGCUGGGAGAAAAGGCGAUAAGAAACAGGUGCCCCUAGCUUGACUGUUUCUUGUGAUCGCCUAAUGAUUUGAGUUAUAUGGAUGCACGUCUAUGUUGUUGAAGAGAUGACGAUGGCUUAUUGUUGUAAAUGGCACUCCCUUUCUUGGUGAGGUUACUCAUAAUGCCUUAUUCCGAUCCAAUGUGAUGUUAAACACUUAAACUUACAUUCC